AUGUACGAAGAUGAUGUCGCAAUCAAGAAAGAUAAAAUAUUAGUUGAAAUGAUUGAUGAGGGCGAGGGAGAAAAUAAUGGAGAUUACAUUAUUGCGGAAGAUGAUGAUAUUGAAUGGAUUAAGUCAUCAGAAUAUCAAUUAAAAAAUUACGAUAUUUUGACCAAACAAAAGAUUAAAGAAUACAAAGAUAUAAAUGAAAAGACACAAAUAGCUAAUACCCAACUUGAGUUAAUAAGAGCUGAGAUGGGUCAGAUUAUAUAG